AUGACCAGUUCAUACCCCGGAGUAAAACUCUCAUCUAUUAAUGGGCACCUGAUUUGUGGCUUGUGUGGCGGUUAUCUAAUAGAUGCAACUGUCCUUACGGAAUGUGUGCAUGUCUUUUGCAGAAGUUGCAUCCUAAAAUAUUUACUGGAGCACAAAGUUUGUCCAUUAUGUCAAAGCUUGAUACAAGAAACUAGACCUGGUCAGGCUCUUCGUCCUGAUGUCGCUCUGCAGCGUAUUGUAUAUAAAUUAGUUCCAGGUUUACUUAAGACCGAGAUGAAGAGAAUAUCGGAAUUCAAAGAAUUAAAUUUAAAAGAGCCAUCUUGUACAGACAAAAUUUUGUGCACGAAAGAAAUUUUCCCGAGAAACUGCAAUACGAAUAGCACUACGUGUUACAGCAUUUCCGAUCUUUGUUCCUCACCCUUACCAACUGCUCUUGCUACUCGAUCGCUUUCUAAAAGUCCAUGUGGACUUGUUUCCUCAACUCAUGCAACCCAAAUGUUUGUUUCCAACCGUCUACCAACUUCCGCUGCUUUUCUGGUGGCAGAUGAUGAAUUUGUGAGCUUGGCCUUGAUACAUUUGACAAGUUUGCCUUCUUAUUCAAAAAUAUCCGAAUCUAUAAUGCUCAAUGAAACUGUUUCCUGUAUUAAAAAUCAUAUGCUUGAUUUCGAUAUCUGUGAUUGUUGUAUCAUUCGGUUAACUAAUGGUCGUUGUCAACAAACUGAUUUACUUAAUGUCUUUCAUUCACAAGUAUAUCCUGAUGUAUAUAUAUGUAAACUUUGUUUUGGCCUGUUGCACAAUCCCUAUUUAUGUGAUAUUCCACAAAUUCCAAAUGAAUUAGAAAAUAAAAUGAUAUUUACCAAUGAACAGUUUGAAAAAUAUGUUCUACUCUAUUUAUAUAAAGAGAUCAUUGAAUCCCAUUAUCAGUAUACAGCAUAUCAACUUCGGGUCACUGAACCAAUCAAUAUAAUGCUACGUGAACAAUUUUUAUGGGAUGAAUUAAUUUCCAUGUCGUUAACUCAUGUAGAUACUACUUUGAAUAGUAGUACUGAUGAGAAAUUGAAUAAUCUACCGGUUACAUUUACUAAAAAUGAUAUCAAUACAUUAAGAUCAUAUGCUAUUCCAGUAAAAACUGCAUGGAAAUGGAUUGUGGAAGAGAAAUUAUCAACAUUACUCAAAGCUCCAUUAAUUUAUUCUUUACGUGAUGAUUCUGAAUUGAAACUAAUUAAAGACAACGAGUUAAAUAUUAACAAUUCAAAUUGUGAUCAAGAAUCAAAUAUUAUUUGUAUAAAUGUUGAAUUUUCGAAUUCCUCGAUACAAUCAGAUUAUGAUGUAUUUCUGAGUUAUCUAGGACAUUCUUCGCUAGAUUCUAUUCGUUCUUGGCUUGUUCGUUUAAAAAGUGUUAAAAUACCGCGUAAGCGUUCAAGAUUUCAUUUUGGAAAAGAAUUAAAAAUGAAUUCCAAGCAAGCAUUAAUAGAAAAUGAACAAGUCCCAAAAGAAUUGACAAACGAAAUAGUCUCUUCUAAAACGCUCAGUUAUAACGAAAAUCCAGCAAUUUUCAAUCCUUCAUCUGUGAUCAAUAUUGGUUACACUUUGCCUAAAUCGUUUCAUUUUUCUCGAGGAUUUUUAACAGAACUUAUUCCUUUGUUAGAGGAAACUUGCUUACAAUCAAAUUAUUUAAAGAAACUUUCCGCAAACAAUUAUUCAUGUGCAUUCAUAACAUCAUUAAAACUAUUUCGAAGUAUACCGAUUUAUUUAGCUGGUCGUUAUGUGAAAUUAAGUCGACGUUUGCCUCAAUCCCCAUGGAUAAUUGGAUCACAGCGUAAAUUAGAUUCAUCUGUAGAAGAACUCAUCACUCACUUGAUACUACCUCAAUUCGGUGCGAAUUCUCAAAGUUGUUUUAUCACAGCUGGUAGAGAAGAUGUUGAUGUUAGAUGUCUUGGAUUGGGUCGACCAUUUGCGAUUGAAAUUAGUGACUAUGAAUUAUUACCGUCAGAAAUUAUUCAACGAUGGUCUGUUAAAAAUAAACUUGCCUCAGAAUGUAAUGAAAAUGAACCAUUGGAUUUAUUGAAACUGGCAUCGUUUGUCAAUUCAGCAACUCAAGAUCGUGUGUUUAUACGAGAUUUACAGUUCGUGUCGUCAAAGUCUGCUUCAGCCGCAUUAAAAUUAGGUGAAAUGCAAAAAGCCAAAUGCUAUCGAGCUGUUUGUUGGUGUCCUCAAGGUGGAAUCAAUACGGAAUUGCUAAUGAAAAUGUUGCAGUAUACCACUUUGUUAAAUCAAACAAAUGAGAACGUUAAUCAUGUGGAUACUAUUCAUUGGCCUCCAUAUAAAACUGAUUCUAUGAAAUAUGGGAAAAUUUAUUUUGGUCCAUUGGAUAUUAAUCAACUCACACCUAUACGUGUAUUACAUAGAAGACCAUUGUUGAAUCGUAAAAGAACAAUUCAUCAUUUAUGUUUCAUGUCAUAUGUGGAUACAAUAACAGCUAAUAUAUUUGAGUUCGAUGACUUUAAAUCAUGGUCACAAUUAUAUCCAGUAGAUGAACUGUUCAUAUUAGAAAUUCGUUGUGAAGCUGGCACUUAUGUUAAAGAACUUGUUCAUGGAGAUCUUGGUCGAUGUAAACCCAGCUUAGCAAGUAUAUUUGGUCGUCAAUUAGAUAUAUUGGCGUUGGAUGUAAUUGCUGUUGAACUUGACUGGCCUACACGUCUAACAGAUCCCGUAUUUAAUUAAUUUGUAAAGUGAAAAUAACUUUGAUACUUUUUUUUGUGAAAAUAAACUUUCAACAGAAAUAUAAUUUUUUUAGUAAGG